CCGGGGAGAGCGCGAGCCGCGCGGCGCGGAGCAAACAGCGCCGAGCCGCCGCCGCCUCAGCAGCAGCAGCAGCAGCAGCAGCAGCAGCAGCAGCGGCCGUGCACGCCUGGGCUGCGAUCGCAGCAGCGCUAACGUGAGCGCCCGCCGCCGCCCUCGCCACCCGCCUGCCCAGUCCCGCCGCCGUCCGGUUCUCGCUUUCCUCCCGGUCUCCCCUCGCCCCUUCCCCUCCCCCUUCCCAGCACACUCGGGGGCUGGGAACGAGCUGCCAUGUGAUGCGCGUCCCCUCCGCGAGCUUUCCUUGACCCCCGAAUCGCCCACCGCUCCGGCUGCCGGGAGGGGGCUGCGGGCUGGGAAGACGCGGAGAAGAGGAGUCGGAAAGGACUCAAAGUUCUCUGGCGAGUGUUACAUAUGCUCAUCUUUACAUCAAAAACAGAGGAAGCCACAGGAAGUUGCUACCUGUAUUUCCAGGAAACAUAACUACAUCACCGGCUCCCCAAUCUGCGCAGCCCAGAAUACCCUUGUGUAGGCAUCAGCGUUGCUGAUAAAGAAGGUGAUAAGAAGUGGGAGUGCUCUCAUCUUGUCGCUCUGCCAGUGAAGCUCAAAGAAGGCAGGCUCUUCAGAUGAACAGUGCAGCUGUCUGCUUCAGGAAGUGAGGACUCCAGGAACAAAGAGAAUCUGCAAGAACUGUCUCACAUUGUGACAUGUCUGAUCCUUUGCUACCAUCCCUGCAGCAUGAACAAGGUGGAUACUCACUGACCUAUCACAAGGUUGCCCCGCAAAACUUUGGGGUCCAUGUCUGAAUGGAUUGCUGUAGCCUUCUCAUCUCUCCCUUUGCCCAGUUCCCUGCAUCCUAAGACUCGAAGCCAGGACAGGACCUGGAAAAAUUAUAUGGUGUGAACGGCAUGUCUGUGGAUGAGAAGCCUGACUCCCCCAUGUAUGUGUAUGAGUCCACAGUCCACUGCACCAACAUCCUCCUGGGCCUCAAUGACCAGCGGAAAAAGGAUAUUCUCUGUGACGUGACUCUGAUAGUGGAGAGGAAGGAGUUCCGAGCCCACCGGGCUGUGCUGGCCGCGUGCAGUGAAUACUUCUGGCAGGCACUGGUUGGACAGACAAAAAAUGACUUGGUGGUCAGCUUGCCUGAAGAGGUCACUGCCAGGGGCUUUGGGCCGCUGUUACAGUUUGCCUACACUGCCAAGCUGUUACUCAGCAGAGAAAACAUCCGCGAGGUCAUCCGCUGCGCUGAGUUCCUGCGCAUGCACAACCUAGAGGACUCCUGCUUCAGCUUCCUGCAGACCCAGCUCCUGAACAGUGAGGAUGGCCUGUUUGUGUGCCGAAAGGACACCGCGUGCCAGCGCCCGCAUGAGGACCAUGAGAACUCUGCGGGAGAGGAGGAGGAAGAAGAGGAGGAGACGAUGGAUUCAGAGACAGCCAAGAUGGCUUGCCCCAGGGACCAGAUGCUUCCAGGCCCCAUCAGCUUUGAGGCCACUGCCAUCCCAGUAGCAGAGAAGGAAGAGGCCUUGCUACCUGAGUCUGAUGUGCCCACGGACACCAAGGGGAGCUCAGAAAAGGACACACUGACCCAGUACCCCAGAUACAAGAAAUACCAGCUUGCAUGUACCAAGAAUGUCUAUAAUGCAUCAUCACACAGUACCUCAGGUUUCGCAAGCACAUUCAGUGAAGAAAAUCCUGGCAACAGCCUCAAGCCAGGGCUUGCCAUGGGGCAGAUCAAAAGUGAGCCACCCAAUGAAGAGAAUGAGGAAGAGAGCAUCACGCUCUGCCUGUCCGGAGAUGAGUCUGACAUCAAGGACAGAGGGGGGGAUGUCGAGAUGGACCGCAAACAGCCCAGCCCUGCCCCCGCCCCCGCCCCCACCACCCCCACCGGAGCCACCUGCCUGGAGAGAUCCAGGAGCGUGUCCUCGCCUUCCUGUUUAAGGUCUCUAUUCAGUAUAACAAAAGGUGUGGAGUUGUCUGGCCUGCCCAGUACAUCUCAGCAGCACUUUGCCAGGGGUUCAGCGUGCCCUUUUGACAAGGGGAUCACUCAGGGUGACCUUAAAACUGACUACACCCCUUUCACAGGGACUUAUGGACAGCCCCACGUGGGCCAGAAGGAUGUGUCCAACUUCACGAUGGGGUCGCCCCUCAGGGGGCCUGGGUUGGAGGCGCUCUGUAAACAGGAGGGAGAGCUGGACCGGAGGAGUGUGAUCUUCUCCUCAAGUGCUUGUGACCAAGUGAGCACUUCGGUGCAUUCAUAUUCCGGGGUGAGCAGUUUAGACAAAGACCUCUCUGAGCCGGUGCCAAAGGGUCUGUGGGUGGGAGCUGGCCAGUCCCUCCCCAGCUCACAGGCCUACUCCCACAGCGGGCUGAUGGCUGACCACUUGCCAGGAAGGAUGCGGCCUAACACCAGCUGCCCGGUGCCAAUCAAAGUUUGCCCUCGCUCACCCCCGCUGGAGACCAGGACCAGGACUUCCAGCUCCUGCUCCUCCUAUUCCUACGCAGAGGAUGGGAGUGGGGGCUCACCCUGCAGCCUCCCUCUCUGUGAGUUCUCCUCCUCACCCUGUUCCCAGGGAGCCAGAUUCCUUGCCACAGAACAUCAGGAGCCAGGCCUGAUGGGAGAUGGAAUGUACAACCAAGUCCGACCCCAAAUUAAAUGUGAGCAGUCUUACGGAACCAACUCCAGCGAUGAAUCUGGAUCGUUCUCAGAAGCAGACAGUGAGUCGUGUCCUGUGCAGGACAGGGGCCAGGAGGUCAAACUUCCUUUUCCUGUAGAUCAAAUCACAGAUCUUCCAAGGAACGAUUUUCAGAUGAUGAUUAAGAUGCACAAGCUAACCUCAGAACAGUUAGAGUUCAUUCACGAUGUCCGGCGGCGCAGUAAGAACCGCAUUGCAGCUCAGCGCUGCCGCAAGAGGAAACUGGACUGUAUUCAGAACUUAGAAUGUGAAAUCCGCAAAUUGGUAUGUGAGAAAGAAAAACUGUUGUCAGAGAGGAAUCAACUGAAAGCAUGCAUGGGGGAACUGUUGGACAACUUCUCCUGCCUCUCCCAGGAAGUCUGCCGAGACAUCCAGAGUCCCGAGCAGAUCCAGGCCCUGCACCGGUAUUGCCCUGUCCUCAUCCCCAUGGAUCUCCCUGGAGCCUCCAGUAUUAACCCCACUCCUUUGGGUGUUGAGCAGAACCUCACAGCCUCCCAGUGUGCGGUGGGGGAAAGUGUGCCCUGCUGCUUGGAGCCAGGUGCGGCUCCCCCCGGGCCCCCUUGGGUCCCCAGCAACGCCUCUGAGAAUUGUACCUCUGGGAGAAGGAUGGAAGGUACUGACCCAGGAACCUUCUCUGAGAGAGGACCUCCUCUUGAACCCAGGAGCCAGUCGGUGACCGUGGACUUCUGCCAGGAAAUGACUGACAAGUGUACGACUGAUGAACAGCCCAGAAAAGAUUACACCCAGUGACUUGGAUCUGCCUCGCAGUCCUCACACCUCUCCCAUCCAGGUGUUCUUCAGUCAACCUAUGGCGCUGUUCAUCUGUUGUCUUGAAGAACCGAGAAUGAAUUUGGUGCACACUACAGCGGUCUUAGCAGCAAUACUGUUCUGAAGUAUUCCCUCCUCUCUUCAAGCAGGAGCGAUAGAGUUACCUUCACAAUGGUGCUACCCCUUGCUCAGGCAAGGAAAGACAACAGUGCGACACUGUCUGUCUGUGGGUUAAUUUCAGUCUUCACAGGGAUAGACUACAACACCUCUAGGACCCAACCACGGAUUUUUUUUCUCAGUGGCCCAUGUCACAAACCCUAUCUCAGGAAUUUCUUCUGAAUGUUCAAUUUUUUUCAUUGAAGACAGCUUCUAUACACAUCAAAGUUUUAUAGCUAGACUGUACAUAUUAUAUAUAAUAUAUAUAAAGUAUAUAUAUAUAUAUAUCCAUAUGCAAAAGUCCUGCAUGCCUCAAUUUUCUCAAAACUGGAAACUUCAUAUCUCAUUUAUAAACAGGUUCCAACAUUCCUCUUCUUUUGUCUCUGAUGCUUAAAACCAGUUUGGUAACUGUUAACAUGGUCACUUUUCUUGCUUCACAGUUCAAUUUCAAUUUGUGCUUAUUUAUGGACAAGAUUCAAUGUUGGAAGCUUUUCAAGGUUUUAUUUCAGACCCUUAUUUUGUUUGUUUGGUUUAGUUGGGGCACUGCCAGGCAGUGUCAUGUGAGCAUUGUGGGUUUGUUCUUUGUUUUGUUUUCAUUUUGUUUUGUUUUUCCUUGCAGAUACUGUACAGUAAUGGUCAACUUUGCCACUUGCACUGAGUUUUGGGUCAAACCUAUUUUCUUAAAUGAAGUUGUAACUUCAGUAUAACUCAAGUAUACUGUAUAUUCUUUGCUUUUAGUUUUAAAAAAGUAAAACAUUUUAGCUAAUUUAAAAAAGCACUCAGGUGAUAAUUAUGUAGGAAAAACAAUCUUGCCAAAUAAUGAAUUCAUCCUAGGAUGUGUAGACAAUAAUCUGCUUGAAUAUUUUUAUAUUUCACCUCGUCCCCACCUUUCCCUAAGUAAAGUUUAACUGCAGAUAAAGAGUUCAGAGUUGAUGCAGGAUGUUCAGAUUCCUAAGUGGGGAGAGAGUUUGGACAUCUCACUCAAAAUUGCAUCAAAGCAGCAGGAAUCUAUGAUUUCGCACCAGAACUCAGCAGGCAAAGGCUCCUAGAAAUCAAGCUAGAACUGUUUUCUUUCCCAGGGAGUAGGCCCAUCCAUUUCAGCACUUCAUCAGCUUGCCCUUGGAAGUGUUAUGCAGUAGGACCUUCUCCUUUGAAGGACCAACCACCCACUUUCCUGCCUGGGAUCAACCUCCCAGGACAUCUCCCCUGAGGGGAUUUGAGUUGCAGCCUGAGGGUCCUGUUAAGGGGCAGCUCCCAGGUUAAUGCAGCUCACUGAAAGUAGGAGAGAGCAGGGCAGACUCAAGCCUGAGAUCCAUCCCUGAUGCGGACUAACACAUUUCUUCUCCUUUCCUUCUCCUAAUCCUAAGUUGUACUCUGAGGCUUUUCUGCCGGUCUCUUGUCUGAAGACAGCUUCAUUCAGAGGCUUUGGAGGAGGCAUCACCAGGAGCCCUCCCUGCCCCUCUUCCCAAACACACACACAUACUCCCUACCCUCACCUGAUGAUCAUUUUCUUCUCUUGCUGCAAAACUGGUUGGCUUGCAACCCAGAGAGAGCAGCUUCCCUUGGUUCUGGGGGCGUCCUGGCCCCUGGCCAUGUUUACAGGAAGGUGUGCCCCAAGGAAGAGGAAUCAGCUCCCUCCUUCCAGUGGUCCCAUCUCCUCUCACUGAGCAGCCUGAAGGCCACUUCAGCCUGGCUGUAAAAGAGAGUCCAGAACAGUUUGAUGUGGGAAUGGGGUGGUGGGCAGUGGGAAUAGAUGGUUGACUUUGUUUCUUUAUUUGUGCCAUUGUUUGGACAAUAUUAAAGCUGCAUGUAAAAGGAGAAAUUAGUAUAUGAUUAGUAGGCGAAAAGUGGAAUCAUAGUAACAUAUGUUUUAGUAUUAUUAACUUUUUUCUGUACAAAUAUUAGCACUAAAUGUUUAAAUAUGUAUGAAUGCCAGAAAUUUGUUGGUUCAUGCAGUAGGAUUUUUUUUAAAAAGGCUUUUCUUUUAAAAUAGUUACACUUUGAAACCUGCCUCUGGGUUUUUGUUUCUCCGUGUGUGUGUGUGUGUGUGUGUGUGUGUGUGUGUGUGUGCGCGCGCUUGUCAGAGACAGAUUUUGAUAGAGCUCCAUGGUGGAGCUACUGUUUUAUGUUACAGUUGUUGGAAUUUCUUGGCCUCAUAGAACAGCUCUGUGCUUCACCGGGAGGUUUGCCUUUAUGGAAAACUGGUGACAGCUAGAAUUUUAACUCAAUGUGAAUCAUGUGAUACUUCACAGGUGUGUGUUAUGGUGCAAGAGUCAGCAGACAGUAUUUUGUUUUUUUAACUUUCCCAUUGCCUUUUUAAGUGACCUCUCCUCUUCUUUUAUAAAAGGAAUGUCUUCUGCUCAUAUCAUAACCAGGUGCAGACCAGCUUCUUUGCUUGAUUUACCCUGGUAACAACUCAUGUGCAACUGGUAGUCUUGACCACAUUCCAUCUCUUUCCCCAGGUUUCUGUCAUUCAGUAACCCAGACCUGUGUGGCAGCCAUUUCCAGGAGAGGAGGGGUCGGGCCUCUAUUUCUCUCCAUCCUAACUCAGCCUUCAUCUCCCUCCCAUCAACCUCUGCCUUGCUUUUCUUCCUCUUCCCCCACCCAACCUCUGCCAUGGGAACUGGUUUAAAAAAAAAAAAAAAAAAAAAAAAACUGUUCCAAAAACAGUUAUUGUAUUUCUUAAGUAUUUUUAACAAGUUAUUUCAUUCAUUAGCCCCCCCCACAAACAGAGACUGACUUUGUGUAAUUGUUCAUGUGAUAUGUCUGUGUCUUUUUCUAUUCUGAACCAUUUUUUGUCAGAAAUAUUUCUGUCUUGAUUCAAAGGGAGGACUUGUUGGGGACCAGAAUCCAAAUUGCCUCAUGUGGAAUUUAAAAACCCAGACUGUCUUCUUUCCCUGGGAUCCCUCAUGUCUUUUAUAAGAAGGAAAAGCAAAUGAAAAGCAAGGAAUAAGUGUUUGCACAAUAAGAUAACAUUUAGUUAUGUUCUUUAAGGCUUCUUUCUUACAAAGAUAAAGAACACUCCAGUAGUGGGCUCUUUAGGAGGAUUACUGUGACAGCCUGGUUGAGUCUCCAAAUGGCCAGGGUGGGAAUGGGUUGUGGUGGCAGGGCCAAUGCAGGUGACCCCAAGACUAAUUAACAUCCCACCUCGAUCUAGUCCUCCCUGCGGAUCCACCUUUUUUCUACUUGUGUCUCCAGAUAACCUCCAUUCAUUCAGGUUGGUCAGGCUUUGGGCAGGUGAGUGCUUUGCUGUAUGUCUUUGUUUCUCUGCGUUAUCUGGGGGUGCCUUGAAUAAAAUCAAACUUCAUUACAUACUGAUUCUGGAACAAAACAGUUUUUAAAACUUUCAAAAAGAAAAGAAAAAACUGGCAAAGUUACUAGGCCAUCCUGCUACUUCUCUUCAAAGUUCCCAUAACAAUGACUCAGGCGUCAGAGGUGAUGCUGCAGUAGAAAAUGUUAUUUUGUAUAUUGUACAAGUAAUUUAUUGACUGUCUUUCUAAAAGUAUGCUGCUUUUUAAGAUGCACUAUAAUUUUGGAUUUAAUCCUUGUAUAGCUUUUCCAAGGAAGUAAAAAAAAAAAAAAAAAAAAAAAA